AUGCUGCCAAAAGAACGAAAGUGGCAGCCUGAUACGGAGCUCAAUGCUGAACAGUUUCCCCGAGACGACCCCGAAUCCUCGUUGGGUCAUAUGCAUCCUACUUCGGAGAUUCACCACAAGCAGACCACGCUGAACGCCCUCGAAGAAGACACCUGUAUGGACAUGGAAGAGCCCAUGGAGGGAUUCACAUAUGUUGGUGCAAACCAGAUUGAGGAUGAGAAAGAGAAAUCCGAAAUGGUCAUGAAUGCAUCUCCCGUAACCUAG